UUGGUCCGGGAUAAACCGCUCCAUUCAAAGCCGACUACCGGAGGAGGGAGAGCGGGGCUGAGUCUGGGCUACUCACCGGCGGAGGACUGAAGCAUGUCGGGGGAAAAGGCGACGAAUCCUUGCAGCAAAUUUCAAGCCAACAUUUUUAAUAAAAGUAAAUGUCAAAACUGCUUCAAGUCCCGCGAGCUGCAUCUCUUGACCGACAAUGGCAUGGAGCAGGCAAAGCCCCUGUAUGGAGGCUGGUUGUGUUUGGCUCCUGAGGGGACAGAUUUUCACAACCCGAUGCAGAGGUCAAGGAAAUGGCAGCGGCGCUUCUUUAUCCUGUAUGAAGACGGCAGUCUGAGCUUCGCCCUGGAUGAACUGCCAAGCACUUUGCCGCAGGGGACAGUGAACUUGAAUCUGUGUACGGACAUCACUGAUGCAGAGCCCAGGACCGGCCAGAGAAAUGCCCUCUGCAUCGUCACGCCGGAGCAGGAAAUAUUCAUCCGUGGUGACAAUAAAGAGAUCAUUAAUGGGUGGACUGAACAGCUCGCCGUCUAUAUGCGGACUAACAAGCAGAAUCAGAAGAAAAAACGCAAAGUGGAGCCAGUUGCCACCCAGGAACCCAGUCCAGCAAAAAUGGCUGCAACUGAUUCAAGUUUUCCUUCCUCGGAGAACGCUGCAGAGUCCGGCUGCGGUCGGUGGCAGGAAGACCCACAGCAGGGACCUGGACCGGGUGAAACCCCCAUGUGGACUGUCCCAGACUCAGAUCCCCGGGGCCUGGAGAAGACCCCUGCAGGCAACACAUCUAGCUACCUGAGCCCUGUCUCCUUGGAUUUGGUGACCAGUGGAAACACCGAUCCCACCAGUAGAAACCAGCUGCCUGAGUCAAACAACGUCCAAACACCAGCAAACAACAAGAACCAAAGCCAGGCCAAAAGCAAUGGCUGUUCAACAGAGAGGCUUCUGGGAUUGGAGGCCACAGAGAAAGAGCAGGAAGCAGGAACAGCUGUUUCCAGGAUGGGCAGGAGUGAAGCUCGCACCAACAAGCGAGAGAAGCUGCUGUCGAGCGGAGACAUAGUCCAGCUCACCGCACCCCCACCCCAGAGAAGAGCCAAGUCUCUAGACCGCAGGACGACCGACACCGUCAUGACGCCAGAUUUAUUAAACUUCAAAAAAGGCUGGAUGGUCAAGUUGGAUGAAAAUGAGCAGUGGAAGAAAUAUUGGUUUGUGUUGUCGACGGACAGUCUGAGGUGCUACAAGGACUCAGGAGCUGAGGAGGCUUCAGAUCUCGAAGGAGAAAUCGACCUGACAAAGUGUUUUAAUGUGUCUGAGUAUCAGGUGCAGAGGAACUACGGCUUUCAGAUCCAUACCCCAAAGGGUGUCUUCACGUUGUCAGCGAUGACUUCAGGGAUACGCAAGAACUGGAUCCAGGCUCUGAUGAAGAACGUACGACCAGCCAAAGCUCCUGAUGUGGCCAGUUUACCUGGCCACCACGUUCCAUGCAGCCCACCUGAAGCUCUCCCCAAACCAGACGUGACUCAGGACUCCGCUGACGUCUCCACAGAGAGAGACGCUCACCCCAAACACAGGAGCGUGAUGGACAGACGGCGGGAGGGUCGCUACAAAACCUUCGACUGGGCCGAGUUCAGGCCGCAUAACAAACGGACUCCGGAUCCUCAGAGGACCAAAGCUCUGGUCUCGCUGGAGUUAGGGGAGCUGGAGAGGAGGAAGAGGAGGGAGGAGAGGAGGAGGAGGUACGAGGGCAUGCUGGGCUUCCCUCUGGGUUGGGAGGUGAUUGGAGAUAAAACAGCAGGCGGCGCUGUCAGAGCACUGAGUCCCAAAUCACAGCAGAAAGUGGAAGAAGAGAUCGAAGAGUGCUGGAAGCUGGUGGAGACGACGAUGUUCAGACUGGAGAGAAAUGUCCCGCUGAUCACCGAAGACAAAGACUCUGUGGAGGUGGAGAAGCUGCUGGACGGCUACAGGAAGGGGGUGGAGGAUCUGAAGACUCAGCUCGCCGAGUCAGAGCGUCACAGACUGGAGCUGGAGGCUCAGCUGAGUACAGCAGGAGAUUAUACGCAGCAGCUGGACCCUCCUCUAACUUCAGAAGCAGAUUUUUGCCCAUCGGACACGAAUGAAAAGCCGUUGAAAAGCAGCACACAGACCCUGACGGAUUUGAGCGACGGAACCAGAGAGCUUUUAGAACAGCAGAACUUUAUCAACAUGCAGGAGCAGCUCAGCUUUGAGUCGCCUUCAAUAACACCUGAGACGCCCAGCAUCUGGCUGCACGACACAGAGGGAAACCUCCAGGAACUGGGAGAUUUGCUUCCUGAGACAGAAGAUGCACCUCUAUUAUUAUCACCUGCAUCAGAGAAACAACUCUUAUUUUCUCAGAGCGACGAACAAACAGAUUUAAACGUUAGAGUCAACAACCAGAAUCAGCUGGACAGAGGCGACUGUGAGCGAGUUCCCAGCUCGAAAACACAAAUAAAUAACAGUGAGUUUAGUCCAUUAAUUCUGGAGACGCAUGCAGAGGGAGAUGACGACUCGCUAGGCUGCUGUGUCGAACUACAUCUACCUCCGGACCAGGCGAUGGUGGGGAGGCUUUCCCAAGAGGUGGAGGUGCUCACCAGCCAGAACGAGGCUCUCAACCAGCGCAACCAGGAGAUGCUGAACCAACUGACGGAGGCAGACCGCGAGAUAGAGAGGCUAAAAGCGGAGCUCAGCAGCAGGUACACUGAACCCCAUCACCUCCCUGAAGUGGAGCAGCUGGGACAAACACGGGUGGAGGAUCUGGAGAACGAGCUGAGCUCCAGAGACCAGCAGCUCCUGGAGGCCCAGACCAUGAUCGCCUCCCUGGAGGAGAAUCUGAAGGAGAUGGAGGCGGUGCUGCAGCUGAACGUCCCGAGAGAAAUAGAAGAAAAAGGACAGGAGAACAAGGGAUACCUGCUCCGGUGCUUCGAGAUCACCGAGGCCAAGCUGACGGAGCUGGAGAGGAGGCUCGACCAAUCAGAGCUGACCUGCAUGGAGCUCCGGAUGCAGAACGAAGAGCUGAUGGAAGCUGAGAAAUGUUACAGCCAAACAGCUGCAGAGGCGGAGGCCGACAUCAGGAGGCUGAAUCAAGAGUUGGAGACGGAGAAGUUGAAAGAUGGAGACAGCGACGGAUGUGUUUCUGGUGAAGAAAGGAUCCGGCAAGUGAUAGACGGGAUGGUCAUGAGGCUGAAGGCUUUGGAGAAGUUACUGGAGGUGAUAAACAAGUUUGAUUUUGGUUUGAGAGAAGAGAAAGAGACGACGCCCACAGUGGAGGGCCAGUUGAGGUCUGAGGAAGAGUUUUGGGGUUUUCUGCUCGACAAACUGAAGGUUGAUCCGUCAGAACAAAAUGAGGAGAAAACUGUAGAAGAGCUUGUUAGCGAGGUGACAGAACGUAUGAUGAAGGAGAAACAAAUGCUGCUUUUAGGGCAUCGUCUUCUCUUUGAGACGAGCAACGAUGAAUGUUUGAAAGAACUGGACAUUAAUUGGAAUAUUGCAAGUGAGACAGAAACCAAGAAGAUUGAUGAAAGCAGGAUAUUUGAGAUGGAAUAUUUCAGAAGUGCAACACAGGUGAAAAUCUCUUUGCUAAACCGCCUCGCCUCCUCCGUCGGCACCUCGGCCCUCGACAAACUCCAGCUGACGGCCAACAGGCUCUCCGACCGGCAUCCCUGGUCUGGUUUCAUUCACUCUGCAGCAACGGAGGCGUUACACUGCUGUCGUUUAAGCAGACUUCAGUCUAAAUACGAGAGGCGCCUUGAAGAAACCAAACAGAAACUGCUCGCUUCUUCUCUCGUCUGCAGCAGAUGUGUCGCCUUGACGGAAGAAAACAACGAGCUGAGAGCAAGAUUGUCAAACCUAGAAGCACAACAGUCGUUGUCGUCGUCGUCGUUGGGCGAUAUGAUUAGCAGGUGUUGCCAGAGAGAAGAAGUUUUCCGACAGGACACAGAUAUUAUGUUACAGGUUGCAGAAGGAAGUAUAACAGAUGAAGCUGGGAAGGAAGAGCAGAUGGUGGAGAGCCUGGAAACCCCACUUUCAUGUGUUGAAGAUCAGUCGGGGAUCCAGGAGACAGCAGAUGGAAACACAGAGGAAAGUGAAGCAUCGUACAAGGAAACAGAUACUUUGGACUUGGAGACGGAGAAAGUUUUAGUGCUGAGAAGAAGAGUGGAGGAGCUGGAGGAGCAGCUGGCCGUCAUGGAGGAGGAGAUGAAAAAAGAGCUUGAUGGGAAACUGAGUUCUGUCCGGACGCAACAUGAGAUGGAGAUGGAAAAGCUGAAGGUCACGUGUGAGCGCGGCUUCGCCUCCAUGGAGGAGUCUCACCUGAAGGUCGUGGAGGAACUGCAGCAUCGACACCAACAGGAAGUGGAGCGCCUCCUGGUGGAGAGAGACGCCCUGCUGGAGGAGGAGAGCGCUGCUACGGCAACGGCAAUCGAAGCCAUCAAGAACGCUCACCGUCUGGAGCUGGAGAAGGAGGUGCAGAAGAGAUGUCAGUCAGAGAACAGCACAGGAAACUCACACCUGGACGAGGUUUACAGACAGCACAGUGAGGAGCUGGCGUCGUACCAGCGGGAGCUCGAGGUUUUGUCCCAGCAGUUCUCUCUGAAGUGUCUGGAGAACGGACAUCUUGUUCAGGCUCUGGAUGCUGAGAGGAAGGCCUUGUGUCAGUGCCAGCAGGAGAACCAGGACCUGAGGACCAGAAACCAGGAGUUGAGCGGUCACCUCGCAGCAGAGAUCACCAGACUCUGUUCUCUGGCGAAGCAGGACGCCCUUCCUCUCAGUCAGGGGAUGGACGUGUAUGAAAUGGAGAUCACCCUGCGAGUGAAGGAGUCUGAGGUCCAGUGUCUAAAGCAGGAGAUCACAUCUCUGAGGGAGGACCUGCAGUCUGCACAGAGGGACAAGAGGAACGCCACAAAGAAGUGCAAAGACAUGUACACGGAGCUGAGCAUCACGAGAGCCAAAACUGAGAGGCAGAUGGACGAGCUGAGAGAAAACCUGAGGCUGGCUCAUCACGCUCUGGACCAGACUUCACCCUGAAAAUGUCCUUUUUUACGUUUGUAUUUACUGUAACACGCAGAACUUAUCAUGUAGCUUUACCCACAAGAAAUAAUAUUUAAAACAAAAUAAUCUGACCGUGUGUCUUAUUUAAUAAGUACAGGAACUCUUAUCUCAUUUCACACUCCUUUGUUACAUUUGGUUGUUGUUUAUAUUGUCUGUCUGUUAUGUUUAGAUCAGUUAUUAACCUUUUUGUCAUUUACAGUUAUUUUUACUUCAAAGGUCCUGUGAAAGUGUUUAUUUUGAAUAUAUGUGUUUCCCAAAAAUGAUCUCUAUGUUUCGUGUUAUGUAUAUAUUUUAUCUGUACAGUCAUUUUGUUAUUGUAACACUUCAAUCUGACGUUUGUUCGUUGCUCUCGCUCUCGUAACCUCUGCUGUAUGUGUGUCGUCAUUAAACUGGUCAAGUAUUUUCCUUUUUUAUCAAUUAAAUAAUUUAAAUUAAACUCACUUUAAAAAAACAUCUUGCAGGCAAAUUUACUUGUAAUUUAUGUUUAUAAACUGCAGUAUUAAUAAUGUUUUUUAUUAAUUAAAUCAAAUUGGCAGAUUUAACUGACUGUUAUUUAGAGUUGUUCACAGGUUGAAAUUUAGAGUCAUUAUUUUGUUAAUAAGCCAAAGUUUAUACAUGAAAGAUUAAAAUCACACCUAUUACUGUUCAUUUAUAUUAUAUAAUUAUAUUCAGGCUAUCUUUGACAGUAUUCAGCACUAUUUCUGGAGGAAGACGAAGAGCGUCAAGUCAUCCUGAAAAAUAAAGUUAAGCACUGAAA